AAAUACAGCAAACAUGGACUAAUUCACAAGCAUGCCGGCCGAGGGGAUCCGUCAGUCGCUGCCUUCAGAAGCGCCACAGGGUCUCGGCCAAAGCGGAGGAGAUAAACAUCUCCGGCGAGCCCCUACUGGCACGAACAGGCUCCGGACACGGGAACCGAGUAGAAAACCUCUCAGGAAGCUCAGCUGGCCCCUACAAGAGAAGAACACUUGGGAAAGGAAGCUCAGCUGGCCCCUCUAUGUUGCCGAUGUUUAGAUUGUCAAGAACACAAUACAGAGAAGAAAGAACCAUGCCGUGCUACAGGACCUGCAAGGGCGAUAAACCAAAACAGAAUACUGGUGAAGUAAUGAGCAAACAGUGGGAAAUAUGGGAUUUGAGGAUUCUAGCUCUCUAUAUCCUUGUUUCUCAGAUAUACCUUCAUUUCUUUGGACGACGCCGCACAAAGACUAAGUCGGCGGCGAUAAUGAUUGGGAGCAUCUCGUUACUCUACUUACUCUCUGAUUUGUUGGCAACAACUGCUCUUGGAAAGCUCUCCAAGCUCGCUGUCAACAAGAAGUACCCCACCAAUGAAAAAGACCCUGACACCGUGAAAACGAUCAAUACCCUCAAGAACACGCUGGGCAAACCCACCAUCGGCAAAGAGAUGCUUAGGGUGAUGUGGGCACCUCUGAUCUUGUUCUAUCUCGGAGGUCCAGAUACCAUUACCGUCUUAAACCUUCAGGAAAAUCAGAUGUGGAUGAAACACCUUAUAGGACUCUUUACCCAAGGCUUUAGAGCAGUUUAUGCCCUGAUAGCAACCUGGUCGUUUUCCAAAGAGAAACCCUGGGCCAUACAGGGGCUGAUCUCUCUUCUGGCACUGUUGAUAUUGAUUCCUGGAAUUAUCAAGUACGGAGAGAGAGUGUGGAUAAUCAAGUCAAAAAACAAGCACGACGGGGGUUUCAUUCAAUUACGUCCAAACCAAGUUAGAGUCAAAGAUUCGCGUCCGAAUGCAAAGCGAGUGCUCCUAGCUUAUUUCUGUAUCCAGGCCUUAGUGCCUCAUCGUCGAGAUUACGUGUGUGAUAAGGGAAGAGUGAGACACGUGACAACAAACUUCCUCAAGUCGGCUAGAAAAGAUAGUUAUGAAGCUUUCAAAUUGAUGGAGAUUGAGUUGGGUUUGAUAUAUGACAUGUUCUUCAGCAAGGUAGGCACGAUUUUCACCAUAUGGGGAAGCAUUCUUCGAUUUCUCAGCUUGUCUUUGAUUGUUUCUGGGCUUGUGCUAUUCUUAAAGAGUGAUAGGCGUCCCGGGCUUUUUUGGGAAGGCGAUGAUGUGAUCACCGUCAUUCUGAUAGCUGGAGCCAUUUUUCUGGAGAUAGCUGGUAUUGUCGUGCAACUUUUUUCGGAUUGGGCCGUGGUUUGGGCGUCUAGUGAUCGAAUUAAAUGGGCUACUCCGCUUCUCUUUCUUCACGAAGUUCUAUUCUAUAAAACGCAGAGAUGGCCUGAGGUAAUGGGGCAACUCAGUCUCCAGGAUUUCUUCACAAAGUAUAACCCUAACGUGUGCACCCGCUGCUUAAAAACCUGCUUAAAAACUUGCUUAGAAAAGGUGAAGUGCUUGGGGGCGUGGGAGUAUCUUUUUGGCAUGGAUAAAGAGUUGAAGGGAUACAAGACACAGAAGGAACUAGUCCCAAAUGUGAAAGAUGUAAUCAUCAGUUACCUUUGCGAGAAAUACGAUCCUUCCCAAAGUGAAAAGGUUGCAGAUGAUGGUAAGUUGCCGGAAGUGACUAGAGGUGAGUGGACCCUUAAAAGAUAUGGUCUUGAGCAGCAACUACAGGGGAUUAUUACACUACAAUUUGAAAAAAAAAUUGUCAUCUGGCACGUUGCUACCGAGGUUUUCUACAGGUUGGAUGAUGGUAGGGAUACCACGUAUCGGAAAGCGGUCAAAAUGCUUUCCGAUUACAUGAUGUAUUUGCUUGUUGAAUGUUCUUCUAAGUUUCCCUUUUGCAAUAAAUACGACAAGAUUGAGAAGGAUUAUCGUCGUUUGAAGGAACUUUUCAUAGGAAAAGAAUUGGUACCGUCUGGACAGAAACGGGAUGAGGUUGCGGAUAAGGCACACCAAAUUGUGCAACACAUGAAGACACAUGCGCCUCAGAAUAGGUGGGAUAUUUUGGCAAGUAUUUGGGCAGAGAUGUUGUGCUACGCGGCUUGGAGAUGCCAAGUGAAGUACCACAUUGAAGAGCUUCGACACGGGGGGGAGUUUCUCACUCGUGUCUGGCUUCUGCAGAUGCACUGUGACAGGACGCUGAGGAGAAGUAGCUCUAGCUCGAGCAAUGAAAUGGAUGACAUAGCAAGAACAACCGGUGGCACCUGCUUUUCCUGUUCGGAUGCUGGAACUAUUUAAGCAGAACGCGGCCUAGGGUUGCCCUGUUGGUUUGAUUUGAUAUUCCUGCGGCGAGAUUCUAUCUGCAUGUAAUAUACCUAGUUACGGAUUGCUUGUGAAGUGUGUUUGUUUGUUUUCAGGAAACGCUUGUUGAUCUUCUGCUGCAAAAUUUCAGGACCAGUUUGCACUAUUAUGCUGAACGCGUGUGUAAUAUUAAUGCUGUGUAAUUGCUCAACGAUUGUCGUAGUAAUAUUUCACUUUUUACUGUUUAUCA